AUGUCAGGUGACAAUGGAGGAGUGGCGGCUCAGGCUGACAUUUUAGGGAUUCCGGGAGCCGCAUUAAACACCAUCGGCUUUGCCCAAGGACUCCUUCGCGCCGUUUCAGCUGACAAUGCUAACCCCAAUGCCGUCAUACAAGUCCAGCAAAUCGGGUCCUGCUUUCAAUCCAACGGUCCUUGGGCCGCAAAGAUUCCAGACGUUCUGUCGAGGGCAUCUUGUGUUAGACUUGAGAGGCUUUCUGCUUGGGUUGGAUGGGCAAAAGACGACACCCCAGCUUUCAUGAGUCAGACUACCGGUGGGCAAACUGCAGCUCUACUAUGUUGCGCCCUCGGGAGCCUUUACUCGAAAAGCCGUUGCGGACUACUGCUCUACGAUCUUUGUCAAGAUAUCUUACCUGCAGAUCGGCAGUUGUCCUCACCAACUCAAUUGGGUGAUGUUUGCAUGCUAUUAGAACGAAAAUCCGCAUGCCUAGGUUUUGGAAACCAUUUGGCCCUCCAAGUCACUCGGCUGAGGCAAUGCUUUUUCGAAGCUGGCUUAGACGUGCCACGAGACUUGGCCGACACCCCAGCAGAAGAGGAUCUUAAGAGUUUUUUAUCCGGGGUCUGCAGUGCCCUUCAAGAUGAGAGUUUGAUUCUACAAGUGUCUGGAACAAGAUGUGUAGGGACACUAUUGGCCUUGACGCUAGCAAUGUGCCCUGAAGAUGUUUCAGUGCGAAUCAAUAGAGAAGUCCUUAUGAGCGGACUCAGGGACAACAUUAUCUUCUCGGUCACUACCGAAGAUGGCUCUUCAACACAGAUUCAUCUUGAAACUAAGCUGGAAAACAAGAAGGCCGGGUUCUUAAAACGGCAUAUCAUCGCAGACAGCCAACACAAACACAACGAAGAACUACGCUUUGUAUGCGAUGGCAUCUUGUCGAGCCAGUUAGAUCUUUCCCUUUCUAUGGUCGGCGCAGAUUCAUCUCAGCCUCUGAAACUCGCUAUAUCGAACUUUGUAGCAUCUAUAGCAAUGGAGCCUACUACGGAUUGCUUCUCCGUUUACGGGCGAGAAAGACGUUUCCCGACCCAAGGAUUGAGGGUCAUUUUAGGGCCCACAUAUCGACAAACUAUUUCCCAGCGCUUAGAGAAAGUGCUAUGUUGCCCUUCUGAUACUUUGCAGAGCCCCAAAGAGGCAUUCAACCGACUUCAGAUUGCCCUUCGAGUCGUUCUACCUCUCAAAAACUGCACAUGCUCCUCCUGCAAUAUUGGAGAGAUAUGGGACGUGACUCGUCAUCCGAAAGCCAAUGCGAACGCUUUUAUGUCAUGGAUACAUUGUCCAGUUUCUAUGCUUUGGAGGGAUGUAGCCCAAAUAACGCAGGCAUCGCUACUAUUUCUCUUCUUACAACACAGUCUCUAUACUUCAUUGAGAUCCCACUUUGGAGAUGAUACAUACCCAUAUCUUAUUGAUCUUUUCUGGUCACGAUUUAAUGAGGCUUCAUACCAUGAUUUUAAGGAUAUUGGGCCGAGUUGGUUGCACAGACACAUUAUCCGACUUGUCGGAGAUUCCAGGGUAUCUUACAGCGAAGAUAUGCAAAAAGCAAUUUGCAACAGCUCAGGGGCUUCUACUAUUUACCCUGCUACUCUUGAGGUCCCUGAGAUCUCUAGCCCAUGGGUAGUGCAGUAUGACUUAGUCGAUGGAAGGCUGCAUUAUCAGGCCGACAGUUACGACUUUAUAAUUCCAGUGAUGCCAGGCAACAAAGCAGCGAAGGCGCUGAUUAGACCGAAAGCAAAAGGGUCUAUCGCCAAGGGCGUGAUAACCGUUCCAUCAGGACUUGGCGAACACAGCAGCCUUAUUAUGACAUUGCGCCCAGCUUUGAUGCAAAGAUCUCAGGCGCUUUUACUCCGAUGUCAGAUCAAGCAAGGCAACAGUACGAUGGAGGUCAAUUUUCUUGACAUGCACUUGGGACUGAUGAGUCUCAAUCCGGCCGACAGUUGUGAUCACGACCUUUCGACACCAUUCAAUCCAACGAAGGACAACUUGAUUGUCAAAGCUACUUCUGUAAUGGAACCAGUGGCAUCAGGAAAAUCUUCGAUCGGAGUAACGUUGACGCAUCGGAAUAAAGAAUCCCAAUUUCUCUGCUGUUCUCAGUCCGUAUUUCAGCUUUAUCAAGGCGAUUGCUGUUUACCGUGUGCUAUUGCCCAGGCUAUGCGAGAGAAAUGUCAAGUCGUUAUUGGUGGAUCGCCUAGCAUGUAUCUUAUCCGUUGCUAA